AUGGAGUCGUAUAUUCGAGAAAACAAAAAACUUACCUUUAAAAAUAGCAAAGGUAAAAGACUGUAUCGACAUUUAGAUAUAUCAUUAAAUAAUAAAUCGCUACACGAUAAUCAUAUAUUAGAAUUAGUAAAGAUUUUAAAAAAAAAUGUAAAAGCAAUAUAUCCAAAUUAUUAUUGUUUAAAUUUAGAUUUGAGUGAAAAUCAUAUAACAUGUGCAGGUUUAAAAAUAUUAAUAAAAUAUAUAUUAACUUAUACUGAUCAUAUUGGUAUAAAUAUAUUAAAAUUAUAUAAAAAUAAUAUAAAAGAUGAAGGAGCAUCUUUAAUUAAACAAAUCAUAUAUUCUCAAAAAAUUCCUAUGGAAGAGUUACAUUUAUCUCAUAACUUUAUUCAAGAUAACGCUUGCAAAGAAUUGUUAUUAAGUUUUGUUCAAGCGAAAAAAGACAUUAAUUAUGUAUAUCCAAGAUAUGAUAAAUUCCAAACUUCUUAUAAACAUGCUCAACAGAUUCCUGUAUGGAUACGAUUAGAAUAUAAUUGUAUACGGAAUCCUAAGGAAAUAUUAAAAGACGUUGAAGAUUUUGCAAAAAAAAAACGAGGAUAUAAAAGUAAUUUAGUUAUUUGCUCCGCUUUAAAAAGUGAUAAAAGAUGUUGCCCAUACAAAUGUUUAAAUUCAACAACAUGGAAUCCUCCAAUAAUGCACGUAUAUAUGUUUAUACAUCAAAAAGAAAAUAUAGUAAAUGGAAAAAUAGUAAAAGAUGACAAAAAAGAAUAUCCAGUUUCUGAAUCUAUUGAUAAUGAUAAAAUAGAUGAUUUACAUUCUGAAAGAAAACGAUUGGACACAGACACAUUUAUAAAUAUGGAUAUAAAUAAUAAUGAUAAUAAUAUAAAUCACAGUAGUAAAGAUGGUAUUAAUUGUUUAGUGAAUUCUAAUAAAAUUAAUAAACGAGGAAGAAAUCAUAAUAUACAAGAAGAGGAAGAUGAAGAUGAGGAGUAUGAGGAAUAUGAAGAUGGUGAGGAGGACGACGAUGAUGAUGAGGAUGAAGAAGAUGAUGAUGAUGACGAAGAGGAGGAUACCGAAGGUGUUAAUAAUAAAAGUUAUAAAAAUGUGAAUAGUCAUAAUAAAUUUUCAAAAACUAAAAAUGUCAAAGAUGAUAAUAAAAAAAUGUUACGUAAUAAUAAUGAGGUUUUUUAUGGAAAAACCGAAAAUAGUAAAAAUGUGGAAAAUGAUAAAAGUGAUGAAAAUAUGAAUAAUAAAAUAAAAAAUAAAAAGCGAAAAAAAAAGAAAAAAAAAGGAAAAAGCAAUACCGAAAUCAGUGAUGAUAACAAAAGUGAUAUAAAUGAUAUAAGUGAUGUAACUUCGAAGCCAGUUGAAAAAAACAGAAUAGAUAACAACAAACUUGGUGUUAAUAAUUUUAGUAGUCAUAAUAAUAAAAAUGGUGUUACAAAUAAACCAAAUGAUAAUAAUUCGACCUCGAAUUUAACAAAAACAUUGAAUAAUAUUGAAUCAGGUUUAUAUAAUAACGGAAAAAAUCGAGGAGAUUUAACGCAAAAUGUCAGUAAUUUACCACUAUAUAUUAUUCUUGAUUGUAGCGCCGUGUUAGAAAUGAAAGAACUAUGGAAAGAUAAAUCGUUUUUGCCGUUUAGCUUUCCAGGGUUACUAUAUUUGUAUAAUAAUAAAUUAUUGAAAGGAUGCAAUAAUAAUAACAAUAAGAAGAAGGGUAAUAGUACUAAAGACUUUGAAAAUGAAAGUUCGGGAUUUAAUGGCAGCAUAAAUACUAACAUUAACAAUGGUAAGGCAAAUGAUAAUUUUAUUUGCCUAAUGUGUAGUUAUGUUGCUAAUGAGCUAAAGUUAAUAUGUGAAAAAAGUGAAAUUAUUAGACAAAAAAUGAUAAAUUUAAAAUUAAAUAUUUGGGAUAAGUUAUCAGAAAUAGGUGUGUUAGAAUUUUUAAGUGUUCCAAAAGAUUUUAAAGAUAAAAAAAAUUUAUUUUUAAAUUCAUCAUUUUUAACAGAUGAUCAAAUUCGACUAGCAAAUGAACAUUAUGAUAUAUCUCACGAAACACUUCAGAUGAUUCAAUUUUCCAUAUUAUGGUCUACAUAUAUUUAUAAAAUAAGUAAUAAAGAAAUAAUUAUAAAAAAUAGUAAAAAAGAGAUAAAUAAAGCGGAUGUUAAAAAAAGUAAAAAAACGAUUUUUACAGAAGUGUUAUAUUUAACAUCUUCUUCGAAUAUCUAUUCAUUUUUUGAAUAUUUAUAUGGCCAAAAUAUAAAUCUUAUAUUACCCCUUUGUAUAACUGUUAACCAGAUAAAUAAAUACAUCCAAGAUGAGCAUAGUUAUAUAGUUGAUUUGUUAAUAAAUGAGAAAUCUGCUGAUAAAAAUCUUAAGUUUGAUUUUAACAAGGCCUUUUUCCAGCAAUUUAUACGAGAAAAAUAUGCAAAGUAUUUGCAAAAUUCGAAGGAAAAUGAAGUGAAAAGAGAUGAAAAGACAAAAAAUAACAAAAGCACAAAAGGCAAUACAAAAAGUGGAAAUAAAAAUGGGGACAAGCACGAUGAACAGUUAUUUUCAUCUGAAAAUAAUAAUGCCUUUGAUGGGUUAGGAAACAGUAAUGGAAAUAAUUAUGAUAUGCUUGACAUAAAUCCAGAUAAAUCAUUUCCAAAAGGAAAUGCAAAUUCUGGAAUGGCUAAUAUGCCACGAGCUGGUAAAGAUGCAAAUAAUAAUAAAAAUAAUUUUCCCCAUGGAAAUGUUAGCGAUAAAAUGAAUGACCCCAACUCGAAAAAUAUGUAUGCUUUGGAUGAAUAUAAAAAUGGAAAUUUCCAAAUUAUGAAUAUGAACAACUUAGAUCUUAUAGAAAAAAGAGAUUUGGGCAUCAACAAUGUCAUGUUAAAAAGUGAUACUCAUGGAGAUGGGAAAGUUGGUAAUAAUAAAAGUGAUGAAACUGCAAAUAACAUAAAAAAUAAUAAUAAUAAUAAUAAUAGUUUAGAAAAUAGGGAUAAUGCAUCAAAUGUGAAGGGGAAUAAGCUUAGCAUUUAUAAUUUACUGGUAAAUGCUUUUAACGGGGGUAAGAAAAAUACCAAAGGUUCAGGAAAAGAAAAACGAAACAAUCCAACAACAGUAUUGGGUAACGAAAGUGGUAUUAACACAUCUAUUGUGAAUAAUACUUCUUUAAAUUCAAAUUUAGAUAUUGGAGAAAGUAUAAACAAGGAUAAUAAAUAUAGAGAUCAUCAAUCUUCGAUGAACAUGCGAAGUAAUGAAAAUAGCGACACAUUGGAUAUUUCUAAUAGCAGUGUAUCUUUACUUUCCCAUUUAAAGAGUGGUAUCGGUAUGGAUAAUUCGUCCAUCUCGGUCCACAACAUACGGGAAGGUAAGAAGGGGGUAAACAAUAAGAGUAGCAAUAAUGUCGCAAAUAAUGCAAACAAAAUGAAUAAAAUUGAAAUGAUGACUUCUGGUAAAUUAGGUAAUGAAAACAAACGAAAUAAAAGUAAUAGUCCAAGUCAUGGUCAGGAUAGUAGAAACAAUAGUAGCUUAAUUAUGAAUAUGAAUAAUGUAAAUAAUAAAAAAUAUAAUAUACAUAAAAAUGAUAUAGAUGGAAAGUUGAGUAUUGAUAUGUUAAAUAAUAGUGAAAUGGAGUUAAAUAAUUUAUUAGGUACAUUACCUAAAAAUUUAAAUGAUAAUUUGUCUUUAUAUUUGGAAAAUAAAAGAAAUAACAGUAGUGGGAUGUUGCCAAAUGAGAAUGGCAUAUCUCAUUUUAAUCAAAAGUUUGGUAAAUUAGAAGGUGAUAAUAAUAGUAAUAAUAAUGGUGGGCAAGUUGUUAUGAUUAAUAAGGAAGAGCAUCAACGAUUUGUUAGUCUAAAAAGUAUGCUUGAUACUUAUCGAGUUGAUGUAUUAAAUACAUGUUUAUUAUUAGAAGAGUUGAUAUUAAAUCAAGCAAUGUGUAAAUAUAUUCCAACGGAAUUGUAUAAUAAAAUAUUAAAAUGUUAUGAACGACUCGAUAUGAUGUUAGCAGACAUAAAUAAUUCGAAUGGUGAUAUGGGAAUGAAUAGAACAAAGGAUUUAAGCAGUUUGAGGAGUAUAGUAAAUUUAGAAAACAUGGAUUAUAUGAAUUUGAAUAAUAUGAAUAUAAAUAAUGUAAACUUUAAUGAUAUGGAUAUAAAAAUGGAUGAAAAUAUGUUGUAUGAAGAUUUUAAAAGCUAUUGGGAUAUGGCAUUCUCAAAAAAUAAAAUUUCUUCCCAUUUAUCAACCAAAGAUUUAAUAAAUAACAGUCAAAAGAAUGUAUUAAAUCCUCCUCAACAUCAAGAUUUUCAUAUAAAUGAUGUAAAUAACAGUAGUAGCAAUGUUUUGAAUAAAACUGGGACUAUAAAUAAUAAAAAUAAUAUUCAUAUAAAUCAGUUAUUUUACGAUCAAGGACAUGGAAAUAAAAUUAGUAGUAAUACUAAUAAUCAUCCUAUGGGAAAUGGAGGUUUAAAUAAUUCAAUCAAAUCAAACAUCGGAAUAAUGAAUACCAGCAGAGGAAGUACCAGCAUGAUUGGUAAUAAUAACAUCAGCUUAAAUGAAAUGAAUAAUAAUAAUUUUGGCAACUCACAAAUGAAAUCUCAAAAAAAAAAAGAUUCAUCAAAUAUUAUGGAUACAAUUAUUAGUGAUAAUAUUAAUAACAGUAUUGGGGGUUGUAUUGGAAAUUCAAAAUCUAAAAAAAAUUCGAAUGAUAACAUUAAUGAUGAAAAUAACAAUCAUUUGAAUAGUUUAAAUGAAAACAUGGCUCUGAAUUAUAACAAUUUGAAAAAUAGUAGUAUCAUGAAUAAGAAGAAAUUUAUAUCAAAUAUGAAUAAUAAUGGAGGAGGUAAUAAUAUAGAUUUGGUAAAUUUUAUUAAUACUGCAAAUAAUACUCUUAUGAAAGGAAAUGGUAUGAUAGGCAAUGCUGUGAUGAAUGCCGCAAUACUAAAUGGUAAUAACUGUAACAUUGGAGGUAAUAGCGAUGUAAAUAUUAUGAAUACAAAAAAUAGUAAUACUAAUUAUCCAACUGAUAUAAAUAGCAAAUUAGCAAAAGAAUUAAGCAAUUAUAAUUCUAUGAAUAAAGAAAGAAAUAUGAAUCACAUCGAAGAUUCUGAUAUAAAAGCCGUUAAUAAGUUAUUAAUGCUUAACAAUAAUAAUUUUCCUAAUUUAAAAAUUAACAAUAAUAAUGAUGGCAUUUUGGCGGAUUAUAGCACUAAUAAUGCUACUAAUAAUAUAAUGAUAAAUGCGGAAACUUUUUUCAAAAAACUGAAUUUGUAUAAUGAUGACCAUAAUAACAAUGCGAAUAAUAAAAAUGAAGGAAUUGCAUGUGACUCUAAUUUAUUGUCACUAAUUAACAUAAACCGAAAUAGCAAAAGUUCAUAUAAUGUAAACCAAAAAGGAGACAAUAAUAAUAAUUUGCAAGCAUGUAAUACACUUAAUGAAUAUGAUAAUGAACCACGAGAUAAUAACAGUUUUAAAAAACAGUUAAACAAUGAAAAACAUUUAUAUAAUAUGCAGAACAAAAAUAUAAGAAAUGAUAUGAAUUUAAAAUAUUUGGAAGAAAUUAAUAGCCAAUUUAAUUUUUUGCCUCGGGAUAUUCGAAAGGAAAGUGCAGAGCACAAUCUUAUGAAUAUAUUAAAUUUUCAAAAUAACUUAGAAAAUAAAAUGCAAAAAUAA